AGACGACGAAGAGGAGGGUGUUCGGUUGUUACAUUUGCCGGAUUAUAACUAGUUCAAAUCAGUUUUUUUCAACUUUCUGUACGAUUGUAAGAUUGCAUGAUCAAGGAGAUGGAUACCUUUAUGCUAUUGGUGUGUACAUAUGGUUGUAGUACAACUGUAAUAAAUGUUGCCCGUGCAAUGUGUUAUUCUCGUUUGGUGGAGUGUUUGUGUGAGAAAUGGGAUGAGUUGUCUGCUGGUUCUAUUUCAUUGUUCUGUAAACUACCUGGGAUUAAUAAGUGUCAUUUGGACAAUGAGGAAGAAUUUCAGAACAUGGUACUGCUUGCUAAAUCAAUGGGGGUACAACAUGUAGAAGUUGUGGUUGAGUUGAAGGGUGAUAUUGGUCAGUCAAGUAGUUUGGGAUUGCUGCGUGUGGGGGUUGAGGAUGAAAUUGAUGCACUACGGAGAUUUUGCCAUCAUAAGGAGAAGGUGUUGUUGUCAGCCCCUUGGGCAAAUGGUAUUACGCAUGUAGGACAACGGUUUGUUGGAGGUGCACAAGAAUUUCGUGACGUUUUAUGUAAGUAUGCCAUCCAAUGUGGGUUUAAGUUCACAUACGUGAAGAACGAGACAACAAGAGUUACUGCUGUGUGUGCGAUGCGGGAGGAGAGGAGGUGCUUGUGGGCUAUACAUUGUAGAGCACAACGAGCAAAUGAUUUUUUCUACAUCAAGAGGUUUAAUGAUGUGCAUACUUGUGGUACGGAUGUUCGAACAUCGAAGAAUCCGCAAUUGUGUAUUGGUGUUUGUUGUGUUGUAGGUCUGUUUCCUGUUGCAUUUGCAAUUGUUGAUUUGGAGACCACAGCUAAUUGGUCGUGGUUCUUGCAUGAACUUGGGAAGGUUGUUGAUGGGAAGUGCCAUAUAACUUUUAUUUCAGAUCGUAAUCUUGGUCUGUUAGAAGCUAUGCCAAAGGUGUUCCCAUCGGCUCAUCACGGUUAUUGCUUACAACACUUGAAGAGCAAUUUAAGAGACCGGAUGAAAGGAAUUGAUAAUGGAUUCAGGGAUCACCUAGUAAGGAGUUUGGGUGACUGUGCCUACGAGCCAACUGUGGUAGGGUUCCAUGAAAAGCUUGCAAAAUUAAAAGAGGAGGGUAAACAACGAGCUCAUAAUUUUUUCAAGGACUUAGCACCUGAGCACUGGGCAAAUUCAUACUUCAGGGGCAUGCGUUAUGGGGAGAUGACAUCCAAUGCGGCGGAGUCAUUUAAUAACUGGAUUAAAGAAGCACGGAAUCUUCCUAUCACUCAAAUGGUGGACAAAAUUCAGACAUAUCGUGCAGCCUAUUCGGGAGCCAUAUUCCCUAUACCAUCGGUGGAGAAGCCGCCUUUUGAUCCCACGGACUUCACUAUAUACCCGCCAACCGUGAAAAGACCACCCGGAAGGCCGAAGAAGAAUAGGAUCCCAUCAAGGGGUGAGAAACUGAAGCAAAUAAGAGCAUCUCCAAUGGAGCUGCUAUAUCAGUUGUCAAAGCUAAAAAAUGACAGAAAUGGCAAAAAUCAGUCUCCAAUGGUCUGCUAUUUCCCUUGCCAAAGAUGGCAGAUGCCAUAUGUGUUCUCAAAUAUGGCAAGUGAAAUAGCAGAUGCCAACAUUGCCAGAUCAGCAAAAUCCAACAGAAAUUGGCACCAAAUUCAGUUGAGAAAACAACAGAAUUAA